GCUCCCUAUCCUUCUCUUUCCAGUCGUCGUCCACCCGUCCUCCUCCUCCUGCUGCUCCGGCGCCGGCGAGGCAGCUGAGCAGAGGAAAGGAGCCGAAGCAGCAGCAGCACGUAGCUGCCCUGCCUUCCCCUGACCCGGCCAAAACCGCAAGAUGCCCGCUUUAGCUGCCUACCCGGGCAAGAUGGCCUGCUGCCUCCAGCUCCGCCUCCUUCGCCACCCGGCCCCUGCCCCACCCCCAGCUCGUGUCCUCCUCCUCCUCUCGCCCCCGCGCCUCCGCACCGUCCGAGCGUCUCCUGGUUCGCCCUCGGCCAACUCCUUCGCUGGCUGGUCCUCCGACGGCGCGGACGGCGACGGCGGCGACCAAUCUCCUUUAGGGUUCGGACCAGCAGGAGGGCUUCUAGGACCCGGGCUUGCUGCGUUCUUCUUCUUUGCUGGUCUUACCUUUGCUGCAGUCUCCAUCAGAAGCAGCAGCAACUACGCAGCUGGAAAAAUGCAAAAAUUGUCUUCAGAUAGCGCUGCUACGGAAUCUUACUCUGAUUAUGACCCCCACAAAGACAAUUCUGUGAGGGAAGAUGCCCAGGCUUCCUUAUCAACUGAUUGCGAGGAUGACAAUGACAGCUUCGAGACGGGAAAGGGUGCGGAUGAGUUAAUGCCACCUCUAGAAUCAGACGAGUUACCGGGGGGGCCAGCUGAGUGUAAAAUGGAGCUCCCUCUGCAAAACACUGAGCUCGAUACUAAUGGUAACCACAUUAUCAGUGAAGAAGCGCAUCAGGCUGACAAUCUCGUUGCUCCAGACGGUACUCAGAGUCCGCUGCUACCUCCUCCUUUGCCCAUCUCAGCUGAAUAUGCUCAGGAUGCUUGUGCACCAUCUAGCAAACUUGAUGGUGCAGGCUCUGAGGGAAUUCCUAAUCUAGAAGCAAUAUCAGAUGCGAUGGUGCUAGAUUCAGAUGAUAUUGUGCCCAUCCGAGAGAUCUCUAGCGGUGGUGUUCUGGUGGCAUCUCACCCAGAGGACAAAGGUAUCGAGCAGAAUCCAGAAAUUCAUAACAAAGAUGAAGCUUAUCCGUCCACAUUGCCUGAUUAUAUAGAGCAUGUAAGUGCGGAUGGAAUGCUUCCACCGGGCUUGAAUGAUUUACCUAUGGGGAGUAGCGAGCCAGGAAGCGGGGAGGAAAUUUUAGCAAAGGAUCUAUAUAAAAGGGAAAGUGAAUCAGAAAACCAAAACAAAUCAUUCAAGUCCACACCUCCUGACCAAUCUUUUUCUUCUGCUGGAAUUCCUGCUCCCUCUCUAGUAUCCACUGCUUCACAGGUGCCCGCUGGGCAGAUUGUGGUUCCAGCUUCUGUUGACCCAACCCAGGAAAAUGCAGUAGCUGCCCUUAAAAUUCUAAAGGUGAUCGAACCCAGUGUUCGAGCUGGUGACCUGUGUACCCGACGUGAGUAUGCUCGAUGGUUGGUAGUUGCAAGCAAUUGCCUUUCAAGGAACACUUUCUCGAAAGUGUAUCCGGCAAUGUAUAUUGAUAAUGUCACUGAACUUGCAUUUGAUGAUGUGACACCUGAAGAUCCUGAUUUUCCUUUCAUACAAGGCUUAGCAGAAGCUGGAUUGAUUUCUAGCAAGCUUUCGAGAUCUGAUAUGAAUUUGCCAGAAGAUCUUCAGGAUGAUCAUAACUUGUUUUCCCCCGAGAGUCGUCUGUCACGUCAAGACCUUGUGAGUUGGAAAAUGGCCCUGGAUAAGAGGCAACUACCUGAAGUUGACAGAAAUUCUUUGUACAGAGCAUCUGGCUAUAUAGACAUUGACAAGAUAAACACAGCUUCCUGGCCUGCUUUGGUUGCUGACUUGGCUGCUGGAGACCAGAGCAUUACAGCUCUUGCCUUUGGUUUUACAAGACUUUUCCAACCAGACAAACCUGUCACGAAAGGACAAGCUUCCCUAGCAAUUUCAACUGGUGAUUCCACUGAGGUGGUUCUGGAGGAGCUUGCUCGUAUUGAGGCAGAGAAAAUAGCUGAAGCAGCUGUAAAUGCACAUGGUGCAUUGGUUGCUCAGGUUGAGAAAGAUCUUAAUGCAAGUUUUGAAAGGGAUCUUAAAAAGGAAAGAGAAAAGGUAGAGACCCUUGAAAAACUAGCUGAAGAAGCAAGGAUGGAACUUGAUAGAUUGAGAGCAGAAAGAGAAGAAGAAAAGAACAUUCUUCUCAGGGGCAGAGCUGCUGUUGAAACUGAAAUGGAAGUUCUAUCAAAGUUGAGGAGUGAAGUAGAGGAACAGCUACAGAGCGUACUGAGCAAGAAGGUGGAGAUCUCAUUCGAGAAGAGUAGGAUUGAGAAACUCCAAAAGGAAAUAGAGAAUGAAAACUUGGCUGUUGUGCAACUUCAAUAUGAACUUGAAGUGGAGAGGAAGGCAUUAUCUAUGGCCAGGCAGGAAUUCUUGACACUCGAGAUUUCCUCUGCACUAAAUUUAUUUUCCCUGAUCCCCAACCUGUCUUUAGGGCUUGGGCGGAGGAGGAAGCGAAAAAGGCUCGGGAGCAUGCACGGGCCCUUGAGGAGGCUCGGAACCUAUGGGAGCGUCAAGGAAUCAAAGUUGUUGUUGAACAAGGACUUGGGGAAGAUGCUUCAGCUGGAGUCACAUGGGCUAAUGCUGGCAAAGAACAUCCAGUUGAUGAGGCUAUCAACAGGGCAGACUCUUUGCUCGAGAAGCUAGAGUCAAUGUGUGCUAAGAUGAAAGUGCGGUCUUGUGAUGUGUUGGAGAGAGUGAUGCAGCAUGUGAGGUUCUUCAUUGCAAGCCUAAAGCAGCAAGCAGCAGAUGCAAGGCAUUGGUGUACUGAGUUUGGGGCGGCUGCUGCUUCCAAAGCAAACAAGGUAUCAGCAGAAGUGCAGGGCGGUGUAUGUGCAUUUGGUUCUACCAUUGGUGAUAAGUCGAAGAGGGUAAUGGACGACUGCAAGGAGAGCCUGGAGAAGUUUUCUCACAGAUUCAAGAUGGACUAGAGGCCGUGUCAUCUCUGUACCAAGAUGAGUAGAGUGGUAGGAGCUGUGCAGCUAGAAAAGGAAGAAUAGUUAUUCGCUUGGAAUAAAUCUGUGGUUGUUGUUGUAGAGUGUUCUAUAGUCAUAUACUCAUACUGGAAUGAACAGUAGCAAUUCCCGUGGAAUAAGUCAGCCGAUGCUUUGUGAUGAA